CACGUGUCCCGAAUUCCCUAUUUUCCCUCUUUCUCCAUUUCGCAACCAAUUGUAAUUCUAACUAAUUCUCUCUUUACAUUCUUCUUACAUUGUUGAUUCUUGAAUUCUCUCUCCUCCACUACCACAAUUAACAAAGUCCACAACAACAAUGGCUCAGGUCCAUCUGUCGGAAACAUACGCAUGCGUGCCCUCAACAGAGCGAGGACGCGGAAUCCUAAUCUCCGGCGAUCCAAAAUCCAACAACAUCCUUUAUUGCAAUGGCAGAUCAGUGAUUAUCCGCAACCUUGACAACCCGCAGAGUGUCGAUGUUUACGGUGAGCACGCUUAUCCUGUGACGGUGGCACGAUAUUCGCCCAACGCUGAAUGGAUUGCAUCAGCUGAUAUUUCUGGAAUCGUCAGGAUCUGGGGGACUCACAAUGGAUUUGUAUUGAAGAAUGAGUUUAAGGUUCUCUCUGGUCGUAUUGAUGAUCUUCAAUGGUCUCCUGAUAAUCUUCGUAUUGUCGCUUCUGGUGAUGGCAAGGGCAAAUCUUUGGUCCGAGCUUUCAUGUGGGACUCUGGAUCUACUGUUGGAGAGUUUGAUGGUCAUUCAAGGCGGGUUCUUAGUUGUGCAUUCAAACCAUCACGGCCAUACCGUAUUGUCACCUGCGGAGAAGACUUUUUGGUGAACUUUUAUGAAGGCCCCCCUUUCAAGUUUAAGCACUCACAAAGGGAGCACACCAAUUAUGUCAAUUGUGUGAGGUUCUCUCCUGACGGGAGCAAGUUCAUAACUGUUGGUUCUGAUAAGAAAGGUAUGGUUUAUGAAGGAAAAACAGGAGAAAAACUUGGAGAGCUAUCUGCACAGGAUGCACAUCAAGGUAGUAUUUAUGCUGUUAGCUGGAGUCCAGAUAGUAAGAAGGUGUUGACUGUAUCAGCGGAUAAAUCUGCAAAAGUAUGGGAAAUUUCAGAAGAUGGCAACGGGAAGCUUAUAAAAGAAUUGACUUCUGGAUCUGGCGGAACGGAGGACAUGCUAGUUGGAUGUCUUUGGCAGAAUGAUUAUAUAAUUACCAUUACACUUGGUGGUGUUAUCAAUUUGUAUACGGCCAGUGAUUUGGAGAAACCCCCUCGUACAAUCUCUGGACAUCUUAAAAAUGUCUCUGCUUUGAUUAUGUUCAAGAGUGAUAAGAGUAUGGUGCUCUCAUGCAGCUAUGACGGAGUAAUAGUCAAAUGGAUCCGUGGUGCUGGAUAUUCUGGCAAAAUAAACAUGAAGGAUCAUGCACCUAUUAAAUGUUUUGCUGCUGUGGAAGGCGAGAUCAUCUUAUCUGGAUUUAAUAAUGAGGUGUGGAGAGCUCCCAUCUACACGGAUGAAUGUGGACCUGCCGAGCAUGUUGAUGUAGGAAGCCAGCCAAAGGACUUGAGUGUUGCUAUUAAUGCGCCUGAAGUUGUGUUAGUUGCUACAGAGUCAGGAGCUGUGCUGCUUAGUGGUUUAAAAGUAUUGUCAUGCAUUGAUCUUGGAUUUACCGUGACAGCAUGCGCCAUCUCGCCAGAUGGAACUGAAGCCAUAUUUGGCGGGCAAGAUGGAAAAUUGCACAUAUAUUCUGUGACAGGUGAUACUUUGACAGAAGAGGUUGUUCUUGAAAAGCAUCGUGGUGCCAUUACUGUAAUACACUAUGCUCCAGAUGUCUCGAUGUUUGCUUCUGGUGAUGCCAACCGUGAGGCUGUUGUUUGGGACCGUUCCACCAAAGAGGUGAAGCUCAACAACAUGUUGUACCAUACUGCUCGAAUAAAUUGCUUAACCUGGUCCCCUGACAGCACUAUGGUUGCUACUGGAUCUCUUGACACAAGUGUCAUAAUAUAUGAACUUGGGAAACCUACUUCAGCUAGGACGACUAUAAAGGCUGCUCAUUUAGGCGGAGUAUAUGGUGUGGCAUUUGCUGAUGAAUGCAGCAUUCUUAGUUCGGGUGAGGAUGGCUGUGUGCGCCAAUGGACAAUAACCCCACAAUGAAGAAAAAAUUAAGUUGAGAUUGGAAGUGCCAUUUGAUGCAAAAUCAUUAUUGUUUAGGAUGUGUGAUUUUGCCUGGUUCAUGAUUUUCUGCAUUCAGAGGUUGCUUACUUUUCAGAGCCUAAUGAAAAGAUAGACGAAGGGUAUCAAUUGGAUGUAUUUAUGGCUCAAGAUUUCCAUUACCAGGCUUGCAUUUUGUAGCCUUUUAUAUUAUGGUAUUUUUCUUCUAUAUUGGCAAAGUAUCUUUGAUUCCGUUUUUGAAACUCCAAAGUUGGCUUUCGUGUGAAGAAUCUCAGGCAGAAAAAAGAGGAAGAAAGGGGGGGAAAGGCAUUUCCAGACAUAUAUAUUGCUGAGCCAAUGAUGCAAGUUUCCGGAGCUUGUUAACCCUUUGAUUAAUAGAACUGUUUACAACAGUUGUUUUUUGUUCAACUAGAUCAAUUUUGGUUUGUUUAUCAAUUAUCACAGAGAAAGGUUUGACAGUUUGAUGCUUCCUGAAGGGGAACUUUUUCAGAGUUUUGAAUGUUGAAUUUAACUGAAAUAUUACAACAUUGUUUAGUGGACUGCUCGUAUUAUCGUCA